GCGAAGACUGGAUCGGACCCUUCAUGACUGCCAGUGGAGGGACACCAUUUGAAGGAAUAGUGGCAAAUCGAUCUACACCAACUACACCAGAAGGAGCAGUCCACCUGCAUUAGCCGCAUGAAAACUUAUCCAUUCAGGCGCACCACUUUUUGGUGGAUUCGCAUGCUUCCACUUCCGAUUCCGACCAGCCAACGUCCAGCGAAUACUUGAGGCUCUGCGGCAGCUAACCGUGGUGGCGUUUGCGCACGCACCCUUUUUGCAGAGUAUUAUGUCAUAGGAGCCACUCGUCCGCCUCGUCUAAGUUGCAAACGCGCCUACAUCCAUGCGAAAUCAGUUGCUCACACCAUCUCAUUGGUUCAACGUAUGCUACGAUCGGAUAACGUACACACUGUUGAGGGCUCGCCGAGCCCCUGCUCCAUCAAUGUUUUACCUGCCUCCAGGUUAUGCCACUGUUCACAGUCUGGUUAUCCAUCUAGUCAAGCACAACGAGCCGGCACAUGAUUGAAACGAGCCGCUAAGUGCCGAGAACGCAAAACAACAAGAAAAAACAGAAGCUGUCCAUGUGCAAUGGUUGCUGUGGGCCCAUCACCUGGCCAUCACCGUCCGUGCUUUCUGGAAUCCAACACUUGUCCCAUGUUGAGCGAUUAAAGAAUUUCACUACCGGCAGGCUUCCGGCUGAUGCUCCCUUGUGAGAGGCUGCCCCAUGGACUGCUCCAGCUUGACGAUGCAAUGUCAUCAUCUGCCCCGUCUUCUCCGGGCUCGUGCGAGUAUGUCUCCUGUCGCCUCCAUGCCUAGGGCGUUCUGGAAAAAUUCGUUCGUCUGGGUAUGCGGAUGAACCUGAUACUGGGGCUCCACUGUCAAUAGACCCUACA